AUGUCGGCUGAAGAAGCAGCAAAGGAAGCAAAACGAGCUGAAAUUGCUGCUCGCGUUGCAGCUGCACAAGCUGAACGUCAGAAGGCUGAGACGCUCAAAGCCUUUCAAGAAGCAAAGAAACAGGAGAUUGAGGAGAAGGGGACGUCCUAUUACGGAGAACACCAGGGCAUUACAUGUGAUGCUUGUGCGGUCGUUCCCAUUUUUGGAUACCGCUAUGCUUGCAAGUCAUGCGCCUCGCACGAUGUGUGCGAGUCCUGCUAUGAUGCUUGGGCGGGCGGAACAGGUGUCAUGCCAAACAAGCUGGCGAAGCAGACGCUCAGUACCAACCCAGUUGACCAUUCGUUCAAACUCUACAAGGAUCAGACCUUCAAGCCUGUUGUGAAGUCAACUGGCGGCCCCUCUGUGAAGUCAGCGCCGAAGCUAAAGCCAAACGAUAAUUGUGCUUGUGGAUCUGGCAAGAAGUAUAAGAAGUGCUGCAUGAACAGCAAGUGA